AUGCUUCCUCCCUGUUCCCGCUUCGAAGCUCCGCUCCCCGAGGCUUCCUUCAGCCCCCCGCCUCAGGCUUCCCUCACCUCCCCGCCUCGAGGCUUCUGCGCCUCAGGCUUCCCCCACCCCCGCCUCAAGGCUUUUGCUCCCCAAGUCUUCCCCCACCCAGGCUCCGCUCCUCGAAGCUUCCCCUACUCCCGCCUCAAGGCUCCGCUCCCCGAAGCUUCCGCCACCUCCCGCCUCGAGGCUCUGCUCCCCGAGGCACCCUCACCCCCGCCUCAAGGCUCUGCACCCGAGGCCCCCCACCCACUGCUUCGAGGCUACGUACCCGGGGCCCCUCUACCCACUGUCUCAAGGCUGCGCACCCCGAGGCCUCUCCACCAAUUACCUCGAGGCUACGCACCUCGAGUCCACUCCACCCCCCUGCCUCGAGGCUCCGCACCUGGAGGUUUCCCUACGCCUCCCUCGAGGUUCCGCACCCCGACGCUUCCCCUUGUCCCUGCUUCGAGGCUCUACUCCCCGAGGCUUCCCCUACCCCCCGCCUCAAAGCUCUGCGCCCCGAGGCUUACCCCACCCUCCGCCUAUAAGCUCCGCGACCUGAGGCUUACUAUGCCUUGCCUUGACUCACCCCCUCGAGGCUUCCUCCAUGUUCCCGCUUCGAGGCUCCGCUCCCCGAGGCUUCCCUCAUUCCCCCGCCUCAGGCUUUCCUCACCCCCCUGCCACGAGGCUUCUGCGCCUCAGGCUUCCCCCACCCCCUGUCUCAAGGCUUCUGCUCCCCGAGGCUUCCCCCAUCCCCCGUCUCAGGCUUCCGCUCCCCGAGGCUUCACCCACCCCUCGCCUUGA